AUGUAUGGCUCACGCAUGGGUCCACUGUGUAGUGGUGUUCGCAGCGUCACAUACUACUCAGCGGCGUCGCGUCCUACUCAGCGGCGUCGCAUCCUACUCAGCGGCGUCGCGUCCUCCGCAGCAGCUUCGCGUCCUCCGCAGCGGCGGCUUCACCCCCUACUUAGCGGCGUUGCAUCCUCCUCAGCGGCGUCGCGUCCUCCUCAGCGGCGUCGCAUCCUCCUCAGCGACGCGUGCAUCCUACUCAGCAGCGUCGCGUCCUGCUCCGCGGCGUCGCGUCCUACUCGGCAGCGUCGCAUCCUCCUCGUCCAAUUUCUCCCUCCUCGUGCGAAACUACAUCUCCUCGUGCGAAAUUACAUCUCCUCGUCCGAUUUCUCCCCCCCCUUCCAGACCGCCGCCCCACGCUGCUCGCGCGAGCUCGACUUCACUCGCCCGAGCGCAACCUCACUCGCGCGAGCUCGACUUCGGUCGGUCGAGCUCGACUUCGGUCGGUCGAGCUCGACUUCGGUCGUACGAGCUCGACUUCGGUCGUACGAGCGCAACCUCACUCACUCGCCCGAGCCCAACUUCGGUCGUUCGAGCUCGACUUCACUCACUCGCACGAGCGCAACCUCACUCGCCCGAGCUCGACUUCGGUCGCCCGAGCUCGACUCGACCUCGCUCGCCCGAGCUCGACUUCGGUCGUUCGAGUCCGACUCGACUUCGGUCGUUCGAGCUCGACUUCGGUCGUACGAGCUCGACUUCGGUCGUGCGAGCCCGACUUCGGCCUCACUCGCCCGAGCUCAGCUUCGCUCGCCCGAGCUCAACCUCACUCGCCCGAGCUCAACCUCACUCGCGCGAGCUCAGCCUCACUCGCCCGAGCUCGACUUCACUCGGUCGCGCGAGCUCAGCCUCACUCGCCCGAGCCCGACUUCACUCGCCCGAGCUCGACUUCGGUCGAACGAGCCCGACUUCACUCGCCCGAGCGCAGCCUCACUCGGUCGUCUCCUUCUUCACCAACCCGUCUCCUCCUUCACCAACCCGUCCCACGCUGCUCGUUUGACUCGCUCAUCCUCGCGAGUGCCGCGGCGGCGGCCAGCGUCUUGCGAGUACAGUAGCGGCCUGCGAGGCGCUCGAGUAGCCCCGCGAGCGCGCGAGUGCACCGGCGGUCCCGCAACGCGUGAGUAG